AUGUCGGAAGUAAAAUCGCGGCCAUCGGCUCCAAGAGGUCGAGGCUCCGGUCGAGGUCGCGGAGGCUACAGCAGUCGAGGUGGUCGAGGCGGCAGUCGACAAGCAAACGGACACAAAGAAGAGAUCCCUACAGAAAUACCCUAUGAAGACGAAGGAGAGCUUGGAGACCUAAAGAAGAUGUAUGCCCCUAAGCUCAGCACGAUCAAAGAAAUGUUCCCAGACUGGACCGACGAGGACCUCGUUUUCGCAUUGCAGGAGACUAACGGUGAUCUGGAGGGGACCAUUGAUCGAAUCUCCGAGGGUAACAUUUCUCAAUGGGGCGAGGUGAAGAAGAAGACCAAAGAACGAUCUCAGUCAAAGGCCAAAGAGCCAUCAUCCGGCGCGGAGGUCUCGACCUCAGCUCGCGGUGGACGUGGAAGAGGUGGAUUUGAGAGCGUGCGCGGCGGUCGAGGCCGUGGCUCAGACCGUGGCAGAGGGGCACCGCGCGGCGGCAGAGGUGCUUCUGCAGCCAACGGCGUGCGUAGUACAAGCGCCGGCAAGACCAACUCAAUCCCUGCAGGGAAUACAUCCGAAUUAGACACACCGGUCUCAGAUGGUGCAACUGCUGGUUGGGAACAGCCAGCAGCAGACAGCACACCGAUGGAAUCAUCCUGGGAGAACAUCUCGGCAGAUGUAGCACCUACACCACCAGUCGAAGAGGUUAAGCCACCCUCGAAGCCUGAUGGUACUCGUAGCUGGGCUAGCAUGUUCAGCAAGCCUGCCCCUGCCCCUGCCCCACCCAAGGCACCUCGCGCAGUCCCGAGCCAUGAUGCCCCUGUUCAGCCACCAAUUACGUCCACAUUGAUUCCCGAGGACACGAGUAUGCCUGGGCUACCGCCACCUGUAACGGUGAAUGAGACAUCGGAAAUCCCAAACACUCCUCCAACAUCUGACUUGGCAGCCUCCGAGCCACCUGCCAAUAUUACCCCUUCGAAGGAUGAAUUGACGGAGACAAACCUCGAACAGGUCCUCGAUGCUUCUGGACCUCCACCGUCAGCCACUGCAGCCAGUACAGUGGCGAGCACCAUAGAUCCACAAAAUGGAGCAGGUGGUGCCACUCCCCUUCAUCCGUCUCAGCAAAAAUCAGGUUCGCGGCCUCCACUUGGCGGUUUUGCCACGAGUGCAUACAAAGCGACAGGAAUGCCAGGACGCUCGCCGAGUUACCAGCGAAAGAUUCAGGAGCAGCAAGAGGCUGUGGUAAUGCCGGGGAAGCAUGCAGUUGAUCGGGCAGCGGUGCAAUUCGGAAGCAUGGGGCUGAACGGGACUACGGAAGAUGUGGACGUUGACAGUGAUCGAGAAGACGCUGAGACUCGGGCGCAACCACCUCAGCAUUCUCCAAUUGCACCAAGAGCUGCACUUCCACCGGCGCCUCAGCAACAGAGCUUCUCAUCUCAACCUCAGGUGAACGAUCCUCUUCCGACACCUAGACAAGCUCCAGGAUUGCCACCCGUAAUUCAACCAUCUGCCGUACAGCAGCCAAGUCAAGCCUUGCCAAAUGACACAGGCUUCCAGUCCCAAAAUUCGCAAUACGCGUACAAUCGCUAUGGACAACAGGCGCCUCAGCAAGAGAUAUCGGCGCCUGCGCAGAAGGCAUAUGAGCCGUUCGGUCAGCAGAUCCAGCAGUCUCAGCAGUUCGAUAACUAUCCCUCUACUUCCCAGGGACAAAACCCGCCUCACCAACAGACCCAGCCUCAGCAGGGCGGUUACUCGUCUACGUCAAACGACAUGUCCUCAUACCACACCUCCGAUGGUCAGCGAAAUGCUUAUCAGAAUAGCAUUUACGGAACCUAUGGUCAGCAAUCGCAGCAGAAUGCUCAAGAUGCUAGCGCAUCUCAGCAGAGAGGAAGUAGUGCUUUCGGUUCAUCUGCAGCCGAGCAAGGAUCUCAGUACGCAACCACUCAAGCUCAACAAUCUCAGAACCGAUUCGGCCAAACCGGCGAAGCUCAAACCAGCGGCCACUCGACCCCGAACCCUUCUUUAUCCGGUCAACAACAGCCAGGUCAACCGCAUCAAAUGCUUCAGCAACAGGCUCAAGGCCAGGCUGGAGGCCAGCAUGGAGGAUAUCCUUAUGGUCAUCCGUACUAUGGCCACCCGUACUAUGCCUCAUACGCGAACCAACAUCAAUACGGGUACGGCGGCAGCCAAGGCGGAUAUGGAGGAGGACCUUUCGGAGGUGCCGGAGGGAAGCAAGGCAUGUAUGGUCAACCACAUCAAGGGUAUGGGGCAUCCCCGCAGACGGGCUACGACCAGCAUUCAGCAUCACCAGCGAACACAGGUGCAUUCGCACAACAGCACGCGUCAUCUGGUAGAGACAGCGCUGCUCCCGGAGGUCUCGGCAACUAUGGGCGUACUGGGUCGACACAACCACCAGAGAACUCUCAGCAAUAUUCCGGAGCUGGUGCUAGCAACCAUGGUAGCAUGCCCGAUGUGUUUGGCCGUUCUCAGUCGACUUACCAGUCGCAGAACUCGGGGCUUGGGUCUCAUAUGGGCCAACAGAGCGGCAACGACGACCCACUUCGCAACUAUGGUGAUUCGUCCAAAGUACCUGGUGGCCCCAGUCCUGCGUUAGGCCAGCCUGGAGGACGUCCCGGGUCUGCUGCAAAUGUUCCAGGUCAGACAGGAUUGCCACAAUCCCAAGGCCAAGGUCAAGGUCAGAGUCAACAAGGCUACGGUGGAUAUAUGGGCCAUCAGAUGCAUGGUCAGCAGGGCUCGCAAUACGGUGGAGGGCCCGGAGGCUUAGGCGGCGGGCAUCAUCAGUCUGCAGGACAGAAUCACCAAGCCGGUGGCUACGGAGCUUACGGGCCUGGGUAUGGCUCGGGAUUCUAUGGAAACAGCAAUCGCGGUGGAUGGGGUGCCAACUAUGGGCACUAG